AUGAUGGCUCGUUUCUUGCACAAGACGCGCUUGUGCACUUACUAUGCGAACGGGUACUGCGCCCGAGGGGAAGAUUGCAGCUUUGCGCACAGGAGCGCCGACGUGCGCACAGCUCCGGACUUCUCCUACACUCAGCCGUGCAAGAGUUUUAUGAAGACCGGGAAGUGCAUGCAGGGCGACGCCUGCAAGUUCGCCCACGCCCUGGGCAAGAUGUUGCCUUGGAAGUGCAGCGAGGCGGAGCACGACGAUCACGGCUCGCGGUGCAACCUCGAGGAGCGCACGCGGGAGUGCGACCAACCGAGGGCCGUGCAGCGCGAGCGGCAGCAACGCGCAUCGUGCUUGUCCCCGUGGGCCCUCGACGGGCGCUCCGUGACCGCCGGCCCAGCCCCACGUCUGCGGGAGGUGCCCGCGCUCCGUGGGCGGGAGCUGCCGUCGCUGAAGGCCACCGUCAAGCGCUCGUUCCUCCACUUCUUCGUGGCGAAGGAGGAGGCCCGCGACAUUCACUGCGCCCUUCAUGAUUGCGACAUCGGUUUCCUGGAUUUCUUCUUCCUCGCCGACUUCGCCUACCACGACGUCCUCUACACGACAGCGCAAUCCUGCCUGGCAUUGACGAUUGCGACGUUAACGCGCGGACGCACGAGUACUACUACGACUGGACCGAGCACGACAACUACUCGAAGUCCACCACAGCGCCCGUCGCCACCAUGGUGCCCAAGAUGGCUCAGAACUCCAGCUGGCAGCUGCCACAACAAACAGUGGCACCAGCAGCAGCACCAGCAACGACACCAACAACACCAAGGGGACACCACAGGAGCCCCUCGGACACAAUGGCGCGCCCGCCCGACGUCGUCGCAGCCAAACGCCACGCCCUUCCACCUCCGACCUACGCUCUAA